UUCAAACCUUUGAAAAUCUAUUUACGAUUUCCAAUACUCCUUUUCCAUGUAAGACCAUAGAAUAACGGAAAGCCUAAUCUCUUUCCCUCCCUCCUCUCUCUCUCUCUCUCCCUCUCCGAUUCGGAUCCUCCAAAACCUAACAACUGUAAUGAGAUGGAACUUCACGGAUCACGGAAAUCCUAAUUUUCUGUUUGGUUCGGGGGAUUCUUGUAAAUGCUCUUGUAUGAAGCCUCCUUGGCUUGGUUCCGUUUUUUUUUCUGAUGAACUAUGCCUGUCUCUAGUUUUCCUAAUUCAAUAAUGGACAUUACGGAGGUUGAAGAAAACUUAUUUGCAGCAAGUGAUGCCAAGCUACAUGGAGAAAUGUGCAAGACACUCUCUGCAAUUUAUUGCAAAGUAAUAUCAAUCUUCCCUUCCUUGGAAGCAGCACGGCCUAGGAGCAAAUCUGGUAUUCAGGGAUUAUGUUCAUUGCAUGUGGCGCUUGAGAAGGCGAAAUAUGUUCUUCAACACUGCUCAGAAUGCAGUAAACUUUACUUGGCUAUAACUGGGGAUUCUGUUCUUUUAAAGUUUGAGAAGGCAAGAUGUGCACUUGUAGAGAGUCUCAGGCGUGUUGAUGAUAUUGUUCCACAGUCAAUUGGUUCUCAGAUAUUGGAGAUUGUGAGUGAGCUUGAGGAGACUGUGUUCUCACUUGACCUGUUAGAGAAGCAAGUUGGUGAUGACAUAAUUGCAUUGCUCCAGCAGGGGAAAAAAUUUAACAACAGUAAUGAUAGUGAUGAGCUAGAAUGUUUUCACCAGGCUGCUACUAAACUUGGAAUAACCUCUUCCAGAGCAGCUCUUACUGAGAGAAGAGCUCUCAAGAAACUCAUAGAAAGAGCUCGUGCAGAGGAAGACAAGAGAAAGGAAUCAAUUGUGGCUUAUCUUUUACAUCUCAUGAGAAAGUACUCCAAAUUAUUUAGAAGUGAGAUCUCUGAUGACAAUGAUUCACAGGGUUCUACUCCUUGUUCACCCACUGUUCAGGGUUCUCUUGAGGAUGCUGGACAUGGUGGCAAUGGUCAAGCCUUUGAACGGCACCUGUCAAAACUUAAUUCAUUUAAUUUCAAGCAAAACAAUAGGAGAUCAGGGCAGAUGCCGCCUGAAGAACUGAGGUGUCCAAUAUCUUUGCAGCUUAUGCAUGAUCCAGUCAUCAUUUCGUCGGGGCAAACAUAUGAAAGGAUCUGCAUUGAGAAAUGGUUCAGUGAUGGGCAUAACACCUGCCCAAAGACUCAACAGAAGCUCUCUCAUCUCUCGUUGACUCCUAAUUACUGUGUUAAAGGUCUCAUUGCUAGUUGGUGUGAACAGAAUGGAGUUUCUGUUCCUGAUGGCCCUCCGGAGUCUCUUGACCUCAACUAUUGGAGGCUGGCAUUGUCUGAGUCUGAGUCUGCAAAGUCGAGAUCUGUGGACAGUGUUGGCUCUUGCAAGUUGAAGGGGGUUAAGGUUGUACCUGUAGAGGAGAGUGGUAUCAUAGAGGAGGCUGAAGGAAAUGAAACAGAAAGUUUGUCUCCUAAGCCAGAAGAAUCUGAGCUUGGUGUGUUGGACAGUUACCAGAAUUUUCUGUCUGUCUUGGAUGGGGGGGAAGAUUUAAGGAAAAAGUGCAAAGUGGUGGAGCAAAUAAGGUUGUUGCUGAAGGAUGAUGAGGAGGCUAGGAUCUUUAUGGGGGCCAAUGGGUUUGUGGAAGCUCUUAUGCGAUUUCUAGACUCAGCUGUGCAUGAAGGGAAUGUAAUGGCUCAGGAAAGUGGGGCCAUGGCUCUCUUCAACCUAGCUGUCAACAAUAGCAGAAACAAGGAAAUGAUGUUAGCAGCAGGAGUAAUUUCAUUGUUGGAGGAGAUGAUCUCCAACCCCAAUUCCCAUGGAUCUGCCACGGCACUCUAUCUGAAUCUGUCCCUCCUUGAAGAAGCCAAGCCUAUCAUUGGGUCAAGUAAGGCAGUCCCUUUCUUAGCCCGGGUCCUUCGAGGUAAUCCUGAACCCCAGUGCAAGCUUGAUGCCCUCCAUGCUCUCUAUAAUCUCUCUACUCUCGCCUCCAAUAUUCCGAACCUUCUUUCAGCCGGCAUCAUCAAGGGCCUCCAACCCCUUCUUGCGGCCUCUGGUGACCACAUUUGGAUGGAAAAAGUCAUAGCUGUCCUUAUAAACUUGGCUUCAAGUCAGUCAGGAAAGGAUGAAAUGAUAUCAACACCUGGCCUUAUUAGUGGACUAGCAACAAUGUUGGACAUUGGUGAAUCUAUCGAGCAGGAGCAAGCUGCCUCAUGUCUCUUACUUUUGUGUCAUGGAAAUGAGAAAUGCAGCCAAAUGGUUCUACAAGAAGGGGUAAUACCUGCAUUGGUGUCAAUCUCAGUUAAUGGGACCUCAAGAGGAAAAGAGAAGGCUCAGAAAAUUUUGAUGCUGUUCCGGGAGCAGCGACAGCGAGACCAACCACCAGUUGAGACGCAGCAGCUAGCUGAAAGUAGUAAUAUGCCCAUGCCUACUGCAGAAUCAAAGCCACCAUGUAAAUCAAUGUCUAGAAGAAAAAUGGGGAGAGCUUUUAGCUUCUUAUGGAAAAGCAAGAGCUACUCGGUUUAUCAAUGUUAGGUUGUCAGUGCUGUGUAAAUUUCUGUUGCAUCAUCUUUUUCAUUUCUUCUGUCCUGUUCCCACUUCCCAUGGGCAUCACUUAUUUUGUUUUCACAGAGAAGAGAUGUACAGGCCCCUGUAAUUUAUGAAUUUUUUGUCUCUCUUCUCUUUUUCCACUUUUGGGUAGGAAUACGUGUAUUAUGUAUGUCAAUUUAAGCUUUAGAUUCUCGGUUGAAAA